UUUGUAAUCAUUCAUUUUGCCAAAGAGUUAAUUAAAGAUAUUAGACAUAUAUACAACAAAAUGGCAAGAUUAUCGGCAAUAGUCGUUUUUGUAGUAGCAGCUGCUAUUUUUCAUUCCGCGGCGGCACAAACAUCUCACAUUGUCGGAGAUGGAUUCGGUUGGAACGUGCCGACUACUACUACCCUCUACCCUACAUGGGCUUCCGGCAAGACUUUCACAGUUGGAGAUACCCUCGUUUUUAACUUUAUGGCUGGUCGACAUGAUGUGGUUCAAGUACCCAAGGCCUCAUACGAUGACUGUUCCGACGACAAUGCUAUUGGCAACGUAAUCACCGUGAGCCCCGCAAACGUAAGACUGAACACUAGUGGUGAAGUUUAUUUCAUUUGCAACGUAGGCACACACUGCAACGGUGGACAAAAGCUUACCAUAACUGUCUCCCCGGCUACAACCGCUCCCACUACACCGACCACCCCCGGUUCUCCUCCGACCACCACCGGUUCUCCUCCUCCUCCGGUCGUUACAACUACCCCAAUGGUGCCGCCUCCUUCUCCUAGCUCUUCAACUGUAGUCUUUGCUAGCGGAUUUCUCACUUUAUUGGCCAUGUUUGUAGGCUACUUGUAUUAGAUACGAUAAAAAAAAUACUUCCAUAUGUAUUGAGUUUUUGAAUUUUUAGUUUAUCAGUUUUGGCUUGUAUUAUUCUUGGUUCCUAUACAUUGAAUAAAAGUUGAUAUUCAUUUUUACAUUA